GCCUACAGCAGCCUAUCCACUAGCCUCUGUGUCCUGCUCAGUCACAUCAUAUCACUCUACUCACACCAGUCCAGUCCGGGAGGAAGAUGGGGGUCAAUACUCGUUGUGUUGCUCUGCUGGUUCUGCUGCUGUUAGCUCAAGUCCUAAGCGGUGUUCACUCUCAGGAGGAGGAAGACGAGGUCCAGGAGGAGCAGGCGGAGGAGAUGCAACCAGAAGAGGAGGUGCAGGAGGAGGAGCAGCAGCAGGAGGAAGAGGUCCUAGAGACAUGGACAGGGACAGGGAAAGCCUGCACAUGUGACUGUGAAGGGGGGGAGCCUGCGACAGGUACCCCCACUAUGACAUCACCUGUCCUGGCCACAUCGCCUCCUCAGAGCCGCCCACUAGACUGCAUGCCAGAGUGUCUCUAUCACAAGCCCCUGGGGUUUGAGGCUGGUUCUGUGGCACCGGACCAGAUUAGCUGUUCUAACCAGGAAGAGUACAGCGGCUGGUAUUCGUCCUGGACCUCCAACAGGGCACGACUCAACAGCCAGGGCUUCGGGUGUGCAUGGCUGUCUAAGUUCCAGGAUAACAGCCAGUGGAUCCAGAUUGACCUGCAGGAUGUGGGUGUGGUCUCAGGUAUCCUGACCCAGGGUCGCUGUGAUGCUGAUGAGUGGCUGACUAAGUACAGUGUCCAGUACCGCACCGAUCAGAACCUAAACUGGAUCUACUACAAGGACCAGACUGGCAACAACAGGGUGUUCUAUGGGAACUCGGACCGCUCGUCGUCCGUUCAGAACCUGCUGCGUCCUCCUAUUGUGGCCCGCUAUGUUAGGCUCCUCCCUCUGGGUUGGCACACCCGCAUUGCACUGCGCAUGGAGCUGCUGAUGUGCAUGAGCAAGUGUACCUAAAACCUAUGACCCUAAUAACCCUAACCCCUAACCCCUAACCUCUAACCCUGUCUAUCCUACUGGGCACAGAUGUCAGUUCAACAUCUUGUUUUGAUUUACAUUUGGUUAAGUUGUCAACGUAAAUUCAACGUGAAAUCAAGAAACAAAUUCACCAUGUCAUGUGAUUUAGGCUAAAAGUUAGGUGAAAAUAUGAGGAAAUGCUCUUAAGUUGAUUUGUUUUCCACAUUUAUUCAAACCUAUCAAAUUUAUUUUUUGUGUUGAAAUGACACGGAAACCACAUUGAUGGACCCAGUUUUUGCCCAGUGAGGUCAGUGUCCACCUUGCCCUUCCAUCUUAACUCCCAGACGCUUGCCAAAGGGCGACAUUAUUUAAGCAUUUCAUUGUACACUUGGCUGUAUGACGUCCAUAUGACAAACUAAACUUUGAUUUGUCACUGGUCCGGUAACCCUGUCAAGACACAGUACCGAGCUAGUAGCAAUAGAAUGAUGUCUUGAUCUCUUUCCCUGUUUGUCUUCUAGGGGCUGUGGCUGUCAGUGUGUUUUAUUGGCAGAGACCAUUGUGUGUUUACCUUUUUUAACUAUAGUAAAUAAUACAGUAUUUAAUUUGCAUAUACCCUGCCCAUUCCCCUCCCCAUAUUCCAAUUUGUGCCACCCACAAGUUGAAAACGACAUGCCAAGUACACUAUAUGACCAAAAGUAUGUGGACACCUGCUUGUCGAACAUCUCAUUACUAAAUCAUGGGCAUUAAUAUGGAG